AUGACGAAGAAGCGCAGAAGGUAUCCGGAUCUAAACCAGAAGCUCGAGCGACCAUGGUGUUACUACUGCGAGCGCGACUUCGACGACCUUAAGAUUCUCAUCUCUCACCAAAAGGCUAAACAUUUCAAAUGCGACCGCUGUGGAAGACGAUUAAAUACUGCUGGAGGUCUCUCCGUGCAUAUGAACCAAGUCCACAAGGAGACUCUCACCCACGUUGAGAAUGCCAACCCCGGCCGUCAAGGUCUCGAUCUGGAGAUCUUCGGUAUGGAAGGUGUGCCCGCCGAGAUAAUAGACCAGCACAACCAGCAAGUCACACAAGCACAUUUCGCCGAGGAGCAAGAGCGCGCGCGCAUCACGGGAAACCCUAUGCGUGGAGCGUACGUCAACGGACAAGCAGCACCAAACAAAAGGCCGAAGAUCAACGAGAGUCUGGAGGAAAUUGAGGAGAGGGCAGCCAAGUUCCGAGAGGAUCGAAAGAACGGCGUUCUACCUGCGCCGGUGGAGCCUGUACAGAACGCUACACCCCCAGUUGCUCAGACACCAUACGGCGUACCACCCACUGGCGCUCCUGUGGCCUUCCCACCUGGUGCGCCCGCUUACCCUUCACAAGGCAUCCCGCAAUCAUUCUCACCUGCCAACGGCGCCAUGCCCGCACGACCUGGCAGCAUCCCCGGCCAACCUGGCGCAUUACCUCCUCGGCCUGGUUUCGGUGCUCCACCGCCUGGUGCAUACCCGCCUGGCCAGAACGGCGACAUAUCGAACUCUGUCGAUGAUCUGAUCAACGAGGUGACCAAGGAGGCUGCGCCAAAGGAAGAGAAGAAGAGCAAAAAGGACAAGAACCAACGACUCAUCUUCUUUGCGGAGACAACAAGUCCGGAGGAGAAGAUGGCUGCAUUGCCAAGAUUUGCGGAGUUUAUGCGGACGUGA